CGCAUUUCGGACACAUUUCCGCGUUGCACCGUUGCCGCGCGGCAUGCUGGGACGUGUAAUGAAUGAAACAAGUGCUGUCCAAUGUGCUAAUAAUGUGCUGAGAUUCGAGUUUAAUAUCUCCAUUCAUGAGACCCAGGGGCAAACGGGUCAUUUGGGAUAUUUAUACAGUAUCUUUCGGUAUGACAGAAUCGAUUCAAUUUACGUAACGUUAUCUAAAAUACAUGUGCUGAGAGGAUUAGCUGAUCAUCAUGUAUGCAGUGUACCGUCAGGCUCAUCCGCCCACCGCCGUGGAGUUCGCCGUUUACUGCAACUUCAUCUCAAACCAAGAGAAGAACCUGGUAGUUGCAGGAACAUCUCAACUGUAUGUCUACAGGAUCAUUUAUGAUGUCGAGAGCACUUCAAAAUCAGAAAAGUCAUCCGAUGGCAAGAGUCGUAAGGAGAAGCUGGAACAAGUGGCAUCUUUCUCUCUUUUUGGAAAUGUAAUGUCCAUGGCCAGCGUUCAGCUCGUGGGCAACAACAGAGAUGCAUUGCUUCUCAGCUUCAAAGACGCUAAACUUUCAGUUGUGGAGUAUGAUCCGGGCACGCAUGAUCUGAAGACUCUGUCACUGCAUUAUUUUGAAGAGCCAGAGCUGAGAGAUGGUUUUGUUCAGAACGUGCACAUUCCUAUGGUGCGAGUGGAUCCGGAGAACCGCUGCGCUGUGAUGCUCGUGUACGGCACCUGCCUGGUGGUCUUGCCUUUCAGGAAGGACACGCUCACUGACGAGCAGGAGGGAAUCGUCGGGGAGGGGCAAAAGUCUAGUUUCCUACCCAGCUAUAUCAUUGAUGUUCGUGAACUGGAUGAGAAACUCCUGAACAUUAUUGAUAUGAAGUUUCUCCAUGGCUACUAUGAGCCCACACUGCUCAUCCUGUUUGAGCCCAACCAGACGUGGCCGGGGCGAGUAGCUGUGCGUCAGGACACUUGCAGUAUCGUGGCCAUCUCUCUGAACAUCAUGCAGAAGGUUCAUCCAGUCAUCUGGUCUCUGAGUAAUCUGCCCUUCGACUGUAAUCAGGUCAUGGCUGUGCCCAAGCCCAUUGGUGGAGUUGUCGUGUUCGCUGUGAAUUCUUUACUGUAUUUGAAUCAGAGUGUUCCUCCUUUCGGCGUGUCACUCAACAGUCUGACCAAUGGCACAACAGCGUUUCCCUUGAGGUCACAGGAAGAGGUGAAGAUCACCCUGGACUGCUCUCAAGCUGCCUUCAUCACGUCUGAUAAGAUGGUCAUUUCUCUCAAAGGAGGAGAAAUAUAUGUGUUGACGCUCAUCACAGACGGCAUGAGGAGUGUGCGAGCGUUUAAUUUCGAUAAGGCCGCCGCCAGUGUCCUGACCACCUGCAUGAUGACUAUGGAGCCGGGAUAUCUGUUCCUGGGCUCUCGUCUGGGCAACUCGCUGCUGCUCAAAUACACUGAGAAACUGCAGGAGACACCGGUGGAAGAGGAUAAAGAGAACGAGGACCAAGAGAAGCAGGAAGAGCCCCCGAAUAAAAAGAAGCGUGUGGAUGCAAACUGGGCAGGUAAGGGGAACCUACCUGAUGAGCUAGAUGAGAUCGAGGUGUAUGGAAGCGAAGCUCAAUCAGGCACACAACUGGCUACAUACUCGUUUGAGGUAUGUGACAGCAUGUUGAACAUUGGACCCUGUGCUAGUGCCUCCAUGGGAGAACCAGCCUUCCUUUCUGAAGAGUUUCAGAGUAAUCCAGAGCCAGACCUGGAGGUGGUGGUGUGUUCGGGUUACGGCAAGAACGGAGCUCUAUCUGUACUGCAGAAAAGCAUCAGACCGCAGGUAGUCACAACGUUUGAACUUCCUGGAUGCCAUGACAUGUGGACGGUUAUAUACCAUGAGGAAAAACAGGAAAAGUCCCCAACAGAAGGCGACAGUGAAGAUCCAGAGGAAGAGAAACUCAAGCCUACGGUGGAGGAAGACAAGAACAAGCACGGCUUCCUCAUCCUCAGCAGAGAGGACUCUACCAUGAUCCUGCAGACAGGUCAGGAGAUUAUGGAGUUGGACACCAGUGGUUUCGCCACACAAGGUCCCACUGUAUUCGCAGGCAACAUCGGGGACAAUAAAUACAUCAUCCAGGUGUCCCCGAUGGGCAUCAGAUUGCUGGAGGGAGUCACCCAACUGCACUUCAUCCCAGUGGACCUGGGCUCUCCCAUAGUGCACUGCUCUGUGGCUGACCCGUAUGUGGUCAUCAUGACGGCCGAGGGAGCGGUCACCAUGUUCGCUUUGAAGAUCGAUUCUCACACCGGCAAGUGCCGGCUGGCCCUGCAGAAACCGCAGAUCCACAUGCUAUCACGUGUUAUUACACUAUGUGCGUUCCGUGAUGUCAGCGGCAUGUUCACCACCGAGAACAAGGUCAACUUCCUGUUUCGAGAGGAAACUGCAAUCAGGACCCAAUCAGAGUCGGAGACCAUCAUCCAGGACAUCAGUAAUGUUGUGGACGAUGAGGAAGAGAUGCUGUAUGGUGAAUCAAACCCUCUGAUGAGCCCCAGUAAAGAUGAACAGAGUCGCGGGACUUCAUCAAUGAGUUCGACAGGAAGAGAUCAGAGUGGUCAAAACAGACAGGAACCGUCGCACUGGUGUCUGCUGGUCAGAGAGAACGGAGUCAUGGAGAUCUACCAGCUUCCGGACUGGCGUCUAGUUUUCCUGGUGAAAAAUUUCCCCGUUGGUCAGCGUGUUUUGGUCGACAGCUCUGCUAGCCAAUCGGCAACUCAGGGAGACCUGAAAAAAGAGGAAAUGACAAGGCAAGGAGAAAUCCCAUUGGUCAAAGAGGUUGCUCUUGUAUCAUUAGGUUACAACCACAGCCGUCCUUACCUGCUGGCUCACGUUGAUCAAGAGCUUCUGAUCUACGAGGCUUUUCCAUACGACCAGCAGCAAACUCAGAGUAACCUUAAAGUGCGCUUUAAGAAGAUGCCUCAUAACAUUAACUUCAGAGAAAAGAAGACCAAACUGAGGAAGGACAAGAAGCCUGAAGGUCAGGGAGAGGAGUCUGUAGGGGUCAGGGGUCGUGUGGCCAGAUUCAGAUACUUUCAGGACAUCUCGGGAUAUUCAGGGGUGUUCAUCUGUGGGCCGUCUCCUCACUGGAUGCUGGUGACUUCUCGGGGGGCAAUGCGACUGCACCCCAUGACAAUAGAUGGCCCCAUUGAGUCCUUCUCGCCUUUUCACAAUAUCAACUGCCCCAAAGGUUUCCUCUACUUCAACAAACAGGGUGAACUAAGAAUCAGUGUAUUACCCACAUACCUGUCUUACGAUGCGCCUUGGCCUGUUCGCAAGAUUCCUCUCAGGUGUACGGUCCACCAUGUGAGCUACCAUGUGGAAUCCAAGGUGUACGCAGUGUGUACCAGUGUUAAAGAACAGUGCACACGAAUACCCAGAAUGACCGGAGAGGAGAAAGAAUUUGAGACCAUUGAAAGAGAUGAGCGUUAUAUUCAUCCUCAGCAGGAUAGAUUCUCCAUUCAGCUUAUUUCUCCUGUCAGCUGGGAAGCCAUUCCAAACACAAGGAUCGACCUGGAGGAGUGGGAGCAUGUGACGUGCAUGAAAACUGUGGCGCUGAAGAGUCAGGAGACUGUAUCAGGACUGAAGGGAUACGUGGCUCUCGGGACCUGUGUCAUGCAGGGAGAGGAGGUCACCUGCAGAGGCCGCAUCUUGAUUCUGGAUGUGAUCGAGGUGGUUCCAGAGCCCGGUCAACCGCUCACCAAAAAUAAGUUUAAAGUGCUGUAUGAGAAGGAGCAGAAGGGACCUGUAACUGCUCUCUGUCACUGCAGUGGAUACCUGGUGUCUGCCAUCGGACAGAAGAUCUUUCUGUGGAGUCUGAAGGAUAAUGAUCUGACGGGUAUGGCCUUCAUCGACACUCAGCUCUACAUCCACCAAAUGCACAGCAUCAAGAACUUCAUCCUGGCCGCUGAUGUCAUGAAGAGCAUCUGUCUGCUGCGCUACCAGGAGGAGAGCAAGACGCUGUCACUCGUCAGCAGGGAUGCCAAACCCUUGGAGGUUUACAGCGUAGAGUUCAUGGUGGACAAUAACCAGCUUGGUUUUCUGGUUUCAGACAGAAACAAAAACCUGCUGGUCUACAUGUACCUGCCAGAAGCUAAGGAGAGUUUCGGGGGCAUGCGCUUGCUCCGAAGAGCAGAUUUUAACGUGGGCGCUAACGUGAACGCCUUCUGGAGGAUGCCCUGCCGUGGCACUCUGGACCCAACAAGCAAGAAGUCGCUCACCUGGGAUAACAAACAAAUCACCUGGUUUGCUACAUUGGAUGGAGGGGUCGGGCUGCUUCUGCCCAUGCAGGAGAAGACGUACCGCAGACUUCUGAUGUUGCAAAAUGCUCUUACGAUCAUGUUGCCGCACCACGCCGGACUCAACCCGAAAGCAUUCAGAAUGCUGCACUAUGACCGGCGGUUGCUGCAGAACGCAGUCAAGAACAUUUUAGAUGGAGAGCUCUUGAACAAGUAUCUGUACCUCAGCACCAUGGAGCGAAGCGAACUUGCUAAGAAGAUCGGCACAACGCCGGACAUUCUCUUGGAUGAUCUUCUGGAGAUUGAGAGAGUAACUGCUCACUUCUGAGGAGCUUGUGGUCUCGCUACCAAUUCGUCUGGAGAUUUCUCUGUUGGCCCAUUGUUUAAAGUGUUUUAUGUCACUCUUUUGAUAGCAAAGCACAUGCAAAAAAUGUGUUUCUUUGUGUUAAGAAAUGGACUAAAGUAACUGGUGUCAUGUUUCAUAGAAUAUUUUGUAAGAAAAAUGUGAUGAUACGAGAUCGUACAUGUUCAAACUCAUCACAAUAAAAAUCAAACAAAAAUACAAA